GCUCUCUAGUAUGCACUGCACUGUCCUGUGAGGAGGAUCCCUUUCUGAAAAGGUUUUUCUUAAAGAGACUUGAACAAAACAAUUUAUAGCAUUAUACAAAUACAUUCAUUUUAAGAUGUGUGUGUGGAUAUUGAUUGGCCUUUGCAUCAUCACAAAGGUGCAUGGGUUUGCAGAUGGUAAUUUCCCACAGGCGUGUCAAUCAAUGUCACCUGAGCAUCCAAGCAGAGGAGUGCCUGUUUUACCUCAGAACACUAAACCGCCCUAUAAGGUCAAUUACACACCUGGCAAUAAAGGAGAGCCUAUUACAGUUUCUCUCGAAAGCAACCCAGGACAUAAAUUUAAGGGAUUUAUGUUGGAGGCUCGAGAGACACAGAGGGUGGACGAAGGCACUCCUGUUGGAAGAUUUAUCCAGCUUCAGUCUGAUACUCGGUUACUGACGUGCAGUCACUCAGCAGGUGCUGUUAGUAACAGAUACAAUGUAGGAAAGACUUCGAUCAGAGUCAACUGGACAGCGGAGGGAGCAGAGCUAGACAUCACUUUCAGAGCCACAUUUCUUGAGUCUUAUACAAUAUUCUGGGAACAAGUGGAUAGGAACGUCAUUAUACAAACCACAGCACCACCACCAACUACUCAACCAAGUACUACUACAAGUACUGUGAAGCCAAGUACUGUGAAGCCAAGUACUGUGAAGCCAAGUACUGUGGAGCCAAGUACUGUGAAGCCAAGUACUGUGAAGCCAAGUACUGUGAAGCCAAGUACUGUGGAGCCAAGUACUGCAGAGUUAAGCACGACCAAUUCAUCCCCUGUUACUACAAGCAUUUCAUCCAGUACAACACUGAACACUCAACGAGGGCCCGACGCAUUCAGCCUAAAGCAAGGAGGUACUGUGCAAAUGUCUUUGGACAUUCUUUUUGUGGGAUUGAAAAUGGAACUGCCUAAUAUAAUCACAAUCACCAUCACCAGCAGCCUCUUUUCUCGUCGUCUAAUUAAGGUGUCAAACAUAUUGUGCAGUCUGCUUUGUAUGGCAGUUGAAAUAUCGGCCCCGAUUUUGUUUUGUGCGAAUGAUUCCUGUACAGUCACUCUCAUUGCUCUCAUGUGUGUGGUAAUAGUGAUUAAUUUCAUGGAUCUGGUAAUCGUCUCUCUGCCUAUUGGACCCAGUCAUGAACUAAAGGAGAUCUGUGACCUUGGUGCCAAAGUGUGUUCUGUCAUCCACAUGGUUUUUACAAUUGCUGCACUCUUUGUUGCUGUUUUGGAGAUUGACGACUGCCGAAGUAACAGGAAAGACUCUUGGCUUCUGAAAGUGAUGAUCGCUUACAUAGUGUGGAUUUUGCUGUUUGUAAUUUGGACCUUUGUAUUCAGUAUUUAUAGAAAUAAGAUACUGGAGAGAAACAAAACAGGGAGUUCAGUACGGAAUAAGACAUGGAGGGAACAAGGAAAAAAGAACAAGCUCAGUGCAGCCGAAGUGAUUGUUACUGUUGUCUCAGUGAUCCUCAUCGUGGGAACCUUGUCUUUCACUGUAACUGUCAUUGCUGGGAUAUUUUUAGCAAAGCAGACUUGUGCAUGAAGUCAAGUCAUUUUUAUUUAUAUUAUCCAGUAUCAUAAAUCACAAUUUUCCUCAGCGAUCUUCUCAAUCUGUACAACAUACGACACUCUCUAAGAGUCACAGCUGUUAUUCUUAUGUUUUGUAUAUUUAAUUAAUGNNUUAAU